GAAAGAAGGGGGGUUUUAAAGGCGCACCGCCGAAUUAGCUGUCGCGAGGUCAAUCCGAUUACGGAGGACGGGCAAUCAGUGCGUGUGUCUGGUGCGAGGCUCGUGGCUCGUAUGUAUUAGCGGCUUAGCAAAGUGUCCCUAAUCAGCGCGUCAUCGUCAUCGGAAAAUGCAAUAAGUCCGGUGGGAGAAAGAGUCAUCAGCGACACAAAACCUUCCACAGUAGAUGUUCAGUAUCGGUGUAGACCGCACAGUUAGGCAAGCGAUCUCAGAUUGGUCGCAUUAGUGUAUCCUGAACGGCGCUCAGAGGAUCACACACACGGAUCAGGGCGCUAGCGCGGAGUUCGAAGCGCUCCAGUGUUCUGGCUGGCUGGCUCCGGCUCAGGGCCGCGGAAGACCGAACGAACCACCCCACGUCGUAGCACGUAGUUCGUAGUUCUGGUUCGCUCUAGGUGGCCGUAGCCCCACGCAAUCGCCGUCCCCUGCCGCCACAAGCCAGAACCAGUUUCUCUGUGUGUAUCCCUUCAGGCGUUCUCGAUGGAACGGGACGGGUCCGUGCGCUCGCGUUCCAAGUUCUGUUCGAUUGACUGACUGAUCACCGUACCAGCAGCAACCUGCAUAUUUGCAUUCGUAGGAGUAGCCAGUUCUGCCGGGCUGCCAAGUUUGCGUGCGUGAGUGUGUGCGCGAGAAGUUGUUGCGAGAGUUGCGUUAGGAAAGACACGAACGAAGCCUAGCGCACCGCGCGCCCACAAUCGCGCCUAGACUCCUCGGCCAGGCGGGCCUCUCAAGAUCGCCGCAAGUGCGACCGACCACAACCAAAUCCCCUUCUUCGUCGACCCGACCAACCGACCGACACACAAUCAUGUUGGACCGUGGACCAGUUGUUGGUCAGCUCGAUAGUGACAAGUGCCGGCGGGAGCACCGCGACACGGCGCACCUGUUCGACUCGCGGCCGGAGCUGGCCAGUCUGAGCGGUACCCGGAACGCGUUCCGUGGCGGUCGCAACGCGAUGAUCGACGCCCACGGCAACGCGCUGCCGCCGCUCAGCCCGUCCAGCAACAACAACUCCACGACGGAGCUGGAGAAUGACAAACCGACCCUGCCAAUGACGCCCGCCAGAGCAUGGGACCAGUACGGCCACCAGAUGACGGACUUCGAGAAGCAGGAGAUCGAGAAGUACAAGGAAAUCUACUAUCUCGGGCUAGACGCCCGCAAAAUCCACGGCAAGGCCGGCGUCGGAGCGAACGGAGGCUUCGACGAUGAGAACGGAUGCUAUCAGAAGAUCGUGCACGACCACAUUUGCUACCGAUACGAGAUCCUGGAGAUCAUCGGCAAGGGCAGCUUCGGGCAGGUGAUCCGGGCGCUCGACCACAAAACCAAGCAGUACGUGGCGAUCAAGAUCAUCCGCAACAAGAAGCGCUUCCACCAUCAGGCCCUCGUCGAGGUGCGGAUACUGGACGAGCUGCGGAAGAAGGACGCCGCCGACGGUGGCCACAACGUCAUCCACAUGCUCGACUACUUCUACUUCCGCAACCAUCUCUGCAUCACGUUCGAGCUCAUGAGCCUGAACCUGUACGAGUUGAUCAAGAAGAACAACUACCAGGGCUUCAGCCUGAGCCUCAUCCGGCGGUUCUGCAACUCGAUCGUCAAGUGUUUGCGGUUCCUCGACGAGCUCAACAUCAUACACUGUGAUCUGAAGCCGGAGAACGUGUUGCUGAAACAGCGCGGCAGCAGCUCGAUAAAGGUGAUCGAUUUCGGCAGCUCGUGCUUCUCGGACCGGACCGUCUACACGUACAUCCAGUCCCGGUUCUACCGGUCGCCGGAAGUUAUCCUCGGCUACCCGUACGGCAAGUCGAUCGAUAUGUGGAGCUUAGGUUGCAUCCUGGCGGAACUGUACACCGGGUAUCCGCUGUUUCCGGGCGAGAACGAAGUCGAGCAGCUGGCGUGCAUCAUGGAAAUCCUGGGCGUACCGCCGAACGACGUCUUCCAGUUGGCCACCAGGAAAAGACUAUUCUUCGAUUCCCGAGGAGUUCCGCGGUGCAUAACUAACUCGAAGGGCCGCAAGCGGAAGCCGGGCUCGAAGACCCUUUCGCAGGCGCUCCGGUGCAACGAUACCGUGUUCAUCGAUUUCGUCAGCAAGUGUUUGGAGUGGGACCCACACAAGCGCAUGACGCCGGAGCAGGCCGCGCGCCACGAGUGGCUACAGCCGAGUGCAUCCUCGACCUACGUUUCGUCCAAGUCGAAGGAGAGCAGCGACAGCCAGCUGAACUUCCUCCACAAACUGCAACGAUCUCAGCCAAUGACACCAAACACCAUCCUGCCGGAGAUUAAGACUCCCUCCAAUCGCACCCAGCGGUACACCAAAGAGCGCGUCAAAGCAACCGAUCUCGAAACGGCACAACAGCAAUACUCACUGCACCGGCCACUGCACGGUGUCCGGAAGGCGACGGCCCUCGUGAAUGCGGCCAGCAAUGGGAACCACAACAACAACAACAACAGCGGCAGCACGCAGACAAUAAACGGCACGUCGAAGUACGCCGCCUCGUCGACGUCCUCGGCCCAUCACCAUCACCAUCAUCACCACCACCAUCACGGGACGACCGGGGCCGGGGCCGGGGUGAUGCCGCACUCACAGAGCACCGGCGACGUGUCGGCCAUCUUUGGCCGCGCAUGACACGAAACGUUGGCCCGGGCGAAGGACACUAGCAAAAUCAUUAGCCUCAUCUAGGAGCACGUGCACCGUCCGACCAAACACUCCGGCCCGGGACAGUUCGGACAGUUUAUCGGGAAGAAAUAAAAAAGGGGAGGACAAACAACAAAUCACACAUCGGUCGGUUCAGUAGAUUGUGGACACAGGGAGACCAGCAGUCAACGAGCGAGGGUACCGAUUACAGGAACUGGCGACGUUCCGACGUUGCGCCGUGCAAAAGACAGCUCGAAUCGUGCUUAUACCGGGGCCCAUAUUACAUUAUAAACUACACUACAUAUUACUACGAAAAUGCGCCUGUGUGUGAGCCCCAGGACCAUUAGGACCUUCUGCGGAAGUAUCUUAGUAGUAGAGAGCGGGGGCCCAUCGCAGGUAAAAUUUCUCCUUUUCCCGUGUGGAUGGCACGCGCAUGAUGCUUCCCUUUUCUGUGACCAGACCGUAGACCGUAGACUCGCCGGACCGAAUCGAAUCCGAUCGAAUUAGUGAGAGCGUGUAGUAGAGAGACAGGCCAGGGCGCCGCUAGGGAGCGAAAGAUGUAUCUUUAUAUACACCCCCCAACAUAUACGAUAAAGAACUAUAUAUUUAUUACGAUAACAAGCGGCGCGUCGUAGUAGCGUGUAGUGGCGCGCGUAGGGUGGAACCGCGAACGGCGUCAAAAAUAGUCGCGGUGUUUUUGGGGGGAACUUCGGGGGCGAGCCGCAGCCGAGGCGCUGCGCAAAAAUGCUAGUGACUAAUCAUUAAUCUGUAAGUAACCCCCGCAAACGCUCCCCCGAGUUCUGCUCUCAUCCAUUACGUAGAGAACUCAUUCUCGGUUGUGCCGCCAGUCGGUGGCAUACUCGUUUCUUCCGGCGAAUGCUGGGCACCAAGAGCGCGGGAGGACUUCUCUUCCAUUGACUUCCUGUCACGGGCCACCGUCAGUCGGUAGUAAUAGAGAGAGCGAGAGGGCUAUAGGAAAUGUCCGGAUAGGCGUCCCUUAUGUAUGGCGACGACGUGAAGACGGUCGUGCAAAAAUCAUUUAAUCAAUCCCCUAAAUGUUGGAGCGACUGUGGAGCCCGAUCGUGGCUCUUCGCGGCGGAAAAGAGGCGCGGCGCGGUGCGAAAAUAGUAAUAUAAAGAACAAAACCUUAAAAACAACAGAUUACAAAAUAAACUGCAAAGAGUAACAAAUAAUUUUACACUGUACAUUCGUGGGCACUCUCGGCGGGCGGGCGAAAGGCUGGUACGUAGCGGCGUGCGCGCGAGUUGAGCAGGAAACGAUGCCCGUAGAAAAAAGGGUUGACACGGAGCGGCGCGAAGGGAGAGAAAUAUUAAUCGUAAGUGACAAGGAAAAAAACAACAAUAAAGUUUUAAACUCAUUAAU